GCAAUUACUGCAUUUUACUGCUUAUCUGCGCUCACGUUUGUAAACAGAACAGCCCAUAUGGUUUGGGCCAGUGACUUAGACGCACACAACAUCCUCUUCCUCUUCUUAAUUAACGGACAUUACUGAUUCAGGAACUGACUCACAGCUGAGGUGGUAGCCAGCGACUUGUUUUAGUUUAGAUGCAGUCAUAUACGUGCAUGUAGAUUUUGUGAACAUUUCAGCUGCAAUUUUUUUUUUCUCUUAACACGGUGAGAAGGAAGUUCGAAAAUGGACCCUGGCAGCCCUGUGUACAGGGUGGAGAGGACUUUCUGGGCAGUCUGGAACUACAUCACUGGAGCUGUGAACAGGUUCCUGAGGCCUGAGCCUAUCGACACUGAACGCCAAGAGCAGAAUCCCUUGCAAGCACACGCAGGUAUUGGCCAGAAUGUCGACAGCGGUCAUGCAGACGCAGACGGACAGGCCGUCCGUGAGGGGCAUCCGCGUGACUCGUCCUCUACGACUCAUUCAACGCAACCAGCUGUUGCUCAGCAACUCUCUAACGCAGAUGACGAUGCGGCGCCUGAAGAAGUAGAUGGGGAACUCCGAGGCCAGUUCAGUGAAAACACUGAAGGCCAUACAACGGACAAUGACGCAGUUCUGACCAUUUCUAAAGUUGCCGGAGAAAGAAGUGACGAGGAACCAAGCGCUAACAGGCAGCCGCAAGCCUCGGAGAAUGAAAUAUGUGAAAUGAGAAGCGACAGUAAGAUAGAAAUUAAGAGAUCGGGUACAGAUGAGGAAAGAAUGAGAGCAAUGAUGCCGGACGGAGAGCAAAAUGUUAGUGAAACUCCAAAAAGGAUCAGAGUAAAGGAGGAAAUCCCACGCAUUGAUGAAAAACGGCUCGAGAAGGAAGAUGCUGACAUGACACGGAUGCCAGAACUGAGUUCAGGGGCGAGACGUGCGCUGGACCAGGAUGAGGCACAGAUGCAGAUCAAGGUGACAGAUACAGGUGUCGGAAACAUAGAAACUGUGUCAAACGUGGAGAAGGAGAUACGACAACCGGUGAGCCGGGAUGACCGGGACAUUGUGAGUCAAGCUACGGAAGCAAAUGAAGGAAAGGGAGAAGUCCUUCAAAGAGAUGAGAGGGAUUUGGAGAGCGACGAUGCUGACGCGACACCAUACCUGACCCCAGAGGAGAGUGACAAGCGUGUAGAGGAGCCAAAGCUGCAGAGUCAUGACACGGAUUUAGAAACAGAAGGCAGUGAAACUGUGUCAGAGGCCCGAGAUGAAGUUGAAGGUAGAGAGAGUGUUGAGCAAGAAUUUGAUGGAGCCAAGUAUACGUUUACCGAUAUCAGUGGAAUGGAAAAAGAUGAGAGAAACAAUUGUAUUUUUGAGGCGGCUCCUAACAACCAAACAACAGAUAUGGGUGAAAAAGAAUUUCAAUCAGAUAGGGAGAAAAGGGAGGAUAUUUUAAUCCAACCUAAAGAAACAGAAGAUGAGGCUGAGGACGCAAAAGAGGCAUCGUGCGACGGCGACGGAAUGAUUGAGAAAACUGCUAACGAAGCUACAGCAGGAGAAGAGAGAAGCUUACAAAAGGAUGAAGUACAAACAGAGUCGUUUGUAUGUGUUGAGAUACCGUGCAGUGCUACAGUAAUGCCCAAAGGUGAGACCGAACAGGAAACAAGUGUUGAGUUCAAAAAUCUCCCCGCUGGGAUACAUGAAGCCCCGGCGCUAAAUUCACCAACCCGUGAGGAAAUACAAAAGGGAAUUCCUGAAUACAACAAUGAGCCUGCACCCGAAGAAAAUACAACACAAUGGUUCCUGGAAGCAAGAGAACACCGGGAAACCCAUGUCAGUCAAUUGCCACAAGAGGUAGAGAGCGUUGAAAACAGUACGUCAGAGGGAGUCUUUUCAGUAGCGGGAGAGCAGGAGAACCAGGAGUGUGUCACAAAAGAGCUAACCGAUAUAGUGCAACACGAAGAUUUUCUUUAUUCUACGGAGUUUGAAAAACAGUUUUUUAAACUAGUAGAAGGAUCAGCAAACUCAGCCGAGGAAGGGGUGGCCACUGAACCAGCAGUGGAAGAACGUGAGUGCGACGUAACCACAACAGAACCACAACAACAGCAGCAUGAGAACGAAGGCACGUUGCUCAGCUUUGAAACCGAAGAAAGGGGAAGUGAGGUUAGAAAUACUGCUGGUCCAGUGGUUGAUUCACUGGUCAGGUUCACUGACGAAACGUUCAUCAUCCCUGAAGCUGAAGAAAAUAGGUCACCAGGAACAGGUUUCUCUCGAGAGGCGCUAGAUCCAGAAAGCAACAUCACAAUCCGUUCGGGAGACACCACAGAAUCGGAAGUAAUGAAACAGUUGGAGGACCGUGAUCUGAAAUUAACUGGGGAUCAUUUUGUAGAAGUGACAGAUCUGGAUAAAUCAUCUAGUGACAUAGAGAAGCCACCAGAUGGUGAAACGGCUCGAAAUUUCGAGAUGUGUUCAUUUGAAAGCCCGAAUUUGAUUGCGCCAAAUGAGUUGCUAGAGGCAAUAAAUCAACUAUCCGAUAAAACACCAGAGAAUAGACUAACCAGCUUGGGCUCAGCCGAUGAUUUAGAAACUACGACACGGAAACCAGAAGAUCUGAGUUUGAUAACGCUGGAAGAAAUUACGAAAAGCGAGGAAGAAGCGGAGGGAAGUCGAAGUGUGAUUGAUGAAGAUAUACCUGACUUGUGCUUAGACGAAGCACUGUCAAAAAACCUCAGUUUUGGGGAACAAGAAGUGGACAACGUGGCGGGGACACUGAAAGAGGAUGGCGAUGUAAUAUCAUCGGUGCAGACAGAGGCGGGCAAAGAGGAAUUCAUGGAGUCCGUUUUGGGAGAACCUGGAGUCGUACUUGAAACAGAAAGUUCUACUGCAAAUAUGUCUGGACUGUUAGAACAGUCUGUCAAUGAACUGGACCCCGAAGAACCAGUAUUAUCUGUUAAAUCCUCUACACAGCAAAUAAUUAUUAAACCUCAGGAGGUUGAAACAGAACAAACGAGUAAGACAUCAGAGGAACUGACGGUUGAGAUGCGAUUCUGCGAAGGACCUACAGAUGUGUUUCUGACCGAGGAUCGAAAUCAAGAAAGCGCAGCCGUGGACGGAAAUGUACUUUCUAAAGCGUCCGCUGAAAUAGAGAACUCCAAAACACAAAAUGAGAGCGGAAUGUCAUCUUCCACUUCAUUGUUGGACCAAUGUUGGAGUGAAGGGGACAUACACCGUGGAGGCAUCGGGCUCACGGACUUAUCUAGCUCGGGAUCGUUCCAAGACUCCGGUGACAUGUUGGCUCCCGAAUUGUCCGUAGAGCUAACUAACUUUGCACUUCAGGAGGCAGCCAGUACGAACCAAUGUGUUACGACAGAGGAGGCGUCAGAUGCUGGUGCGUCAGCAUCUGACCCCGAUUUCGGCGGCGAGUGUCCAAAGCUGGAGCAAGAGGAAUCUCGGCACGAGGAAGUGGAACUAGCUGAGUGUGAAUAUGAUGUUGGCUCAUCUGGCGCAGCAGUCAAUGGAGAUGAUGCUCAAAAUGAAUUUACGCGACCACAAGGUGCCCCCGUCACCUCACGCAGGGAAGGAGAAUCACUCACAGCAUCAGAGGACAACAAAAGCACUGACUAUGAGACAGUGGCGUCCUCGCUAGAAAGACCAAAUGUCACCACACGGUUGCAAGACAAUGUUGACUCAUCGCCUGAGCCGAACAGGUUUGAUUAUCUGGAAGAGCCCGCUCCACAUUCCGACCUUCAGAUUGAGGUUAAUGAAUUCGCACUGGACUUCACUGCGCAAAGGUCAAGAAUAUUGGUUAAAAACCCUUCCGUAAGAAAACCCAAAGACCCCCGCUCUCUCUUGCAAAUGCCCUCAUUGGACCCUACACCUGUCUCAAGCUCACCUGUCAAGAUCCCUGUGGGCGUGCCUUUAGGAGGACUGGGUGUUGGUCUAAAACUGCCAGGCCUUGGUGCUGGUCUUCCUGUUUUAAAAAAGACAAAUGUGGUGAAAGAAAAGAAGAACACAGAGGAAGCUGAAACAAACACAGAGGAGAAGAGUCACAUUCCCAAACCAGACGAGGAACAACAAACCCAACAAAGACCCCGAUGGAUGCCUCCGACACAACCAGGAUUUUCAAAUCCACUCAUGUCAGAGCUGAAGACCAAACUAAGGAAACCCCAGAAGGAGUGAUAAGAAUGUACAAUAAAGUUUUGUGUACAACGUUUAAUAAAGGAUGUAAAUUCAAUUUAUUUUGUCUAUGCAUGGACCUAGAUAACGUUGACUGUCGAUAAGAUAAUUUAUUCUUUGUAUAGUUUUUGAAUAAGGAACAUAAUUCAACAUUCCAAAAAUAUAAAAAUGAAAAUAAAUUGGAAUUUUUGUAA